UCCUCUUCCUUAGGGCCUCUUAGGCCUUUUCCUUAUUCCUCUCUCUCUCUCUCUCUCUCUCUCUCUCUCUUUUUCUCUCUUUACUGCCCGUAACCACUGCAAUUCACUUGGAAAUGGGCCUGUCAAAUCUCAGGCACCGAGUGUGAAACUUGCCACACUGGCUCCCACCUCACGCUCUCUUGUAGCCAGACCUGUAUCUGUCCACUUUACAUCAUGGCACUACCACCUCUUGCCCCUCACCUCAUAACCCCAACUUAGGUUAUUGGCUUCUUCUCGAUCUGCCAGCAAGCUGGCAUUUAGGGCUCUAGAGCAAGAGGAAAGCCAAAAUGCUGCUCCUGGGCCUGUGUCCCUCCUUGGGGCUUAAUACACAAAGGACUCCUGUGGAAAGGGCUACAAAGUUCCCACUGCUGAGGUACAUCCUGGCUCCUCUCCAUCCCAGCUAGACAUAGUUUUGCAGCCUGAAACAAGGUCUUGAUGUCACCUCUGAUAUCUGUAAUCUGGAGAGCAGACUGGGGUUUGAUGGUCUCCUGUAGCACAGGGAAGAUGUAGGAGCACUGGGAGAGGAUAUUGUCUUUCCAAAAAGGGAGCUGUUGGCCUUCUAAACUGGCUUUCCAUAAACACUCUUCUGUUGACAGAGUCCAGGCUGAUUGUCAAACCUAGACGUGGUGGGAUUGUCCUCCUCUGUGACAGCUCUAUCUCUUCAAAGAGAUGAAGGGCCAGACACCUGGCCAGACCCUUCAUGGGUGUCUGUCCAUGAUUCAGUGGAGGCAAUCAUUCUGUUCCCAUUACGGAUCACCAGUACAGAACGAGAGACAGAGAGAGCAAACCUUGAAAACCCCCUCCCACACCUCCCCUGGGGUGCUACUCGGUCUUGGCUUGUCAGCUAUGGGAAGCUAGUCCAGAGAGCGAACCCAAAUCUGCUCUCCUUUGGCAGAGGUGCCAUUUCAUUGUCCUCCUGAAGGUGGUUCUCCCACGCUGGUACUGAAGGAUCACUGUUUCAGGGCCUGAGCUCGAGGCUGUAGGGGCAAUUGCAGUUCAAUCAAUUCCAAAUGUGGAUAGGCUGCCACGUCCUUGCCUCUGUGAUGGAAUAGAGAUUGAGGUGAGACAACAGCACCUUGCCCAAGGGUUAAAAGCUUCCCUGUCCUAUGCUCCAUGCCCUUUUCUGGCAAUCUCAUCAGAGUAACUGAGGAAAGCAUGUGGCUAAAACAAACCCUCGCUCUUUUUGUCAGGUUGGAGAUGUCGCAGCGAGAAAGGAAUGCCAGUGGUAGGGUUUUCUAGUACUAUUUGUAUUGGUCUCACACUGCUCCCACUUGUGUCCCUCUGCGGGGGAUGCUGCAGUCCUGGGGGAGCAGGUGAGGCUGGUUCAGCACUUUAGGAAACCUACUUCCACAUGUUGUGAUGCUCUCAUAAACAGCAGUGCCAGGACUUGUCUCCUUUUUGAGUCUCAGGGCAGGACAAGCAGGAGAGACACAGGUGUUUCUCCUCUGCUCAUCACUGGUCAUGAAAUCUUUGGACUUACCUGGGUUCUUCUGUCUCCUUGAUGAGCCAUGGUCUCUGCCUAUAGCACCUGGGACUACCCGGGCUCUCCCAGAAGAAAUGUGCAUCAUUAUACCAGAUUAUGUUUGGUACACACAGCCCGGGAUAGCAAAGGAACAGGGACCAAGGCUAAAUAUUAAAACUGACCUUGAAAAAAUUGCAGGGCAUUUUCUCUCUUGUCCUGUUUACUUACUCUUCAUGCUUUUCUAAGGAAGCUCUACAGACUGCAGUGAGUCUCAGGAACUUUGCUCUGGAUCCUCCCCACCUCUGUCAAUGAGGCAAUAUGUAUAAAAACCAAGCUUCACUAAGGCAAGGCUGAUUUUUUCACAGGGAAACAUGUGAUGAAGGCAUCAUGGAAACUAAAGGAGACUGUGGGUUUCUUCCUCUCCCAUAGCAGGUCAAGUGUGUGGAAUUGCUCAGAGGCAGGAUUUCAGAUAGCAGAGGAAGCAGAAAGCUGGAAGGGAUGCUCAGGACCGAAUCCCUUUCUCUCAUCCUCAACAGGCUGCAAACUCAAAUAUAGUCAUUUACAGUGUGUAGUGCCCCAUAUCUCCCUGAAGAGAAGCAAGCCUCUCUAACACUGAAUAUCUCCAUAAACAAGCUUCCUUCUUUCUCCUUUCCUAGUUGGUGAUUGAAUGCUGGUGACAGGUCUCCUGUGCUAUCCAUGAGCAGCCAGAGGGUGCCUGAUGCACGUGAGAGAGGAGGGCAGGGGGACCAAAGGGUGUGUUUAACAGGCUUCUGGUGCUAAACAAGAUGGCAUUCCCUUGGUGCUAAAUCAGAUUUCAGGAGUAUUGGGUGCUUUCUGGAAAGUGUAGUAGGCUGAGUUGUGAUGUACUCUGGAAUUAAUGGUGCUUUAUGUAACAAAACCAAACAAACUCCAAGAACUUUUGUAUAUAUAUAUUUUUUCAGUGGUAUUAAACUUUUUUCCUUGGUUGUUUUGCACUUAAAUCUGUUUUUCUCUCCUAACCUAUUCCUUCCAGCUCUGGUUAUUGCUGAAUGAUGUGAUGGAAAAGACACUGGCCUGAAAUUGACAGUGUGUCGCCAGUACUGAUGAAGCCCUCAUUGCUGGUGCUGUCUCACCUCUGCCUGUUCAGCUUCAUGCCUCCCUCGUGGGCAUCAGAAUCAGCACAAGGUGCCUCCAGCCUCACUUGUUGGUAUGACUCACGGGCGGCUCUCUUCUGCGACUGGGACCCGGGCAGAGACCUGGCUGAAGCACCGUGCCAGCUGGAGAUUUUAUCACAGAAAGACUUUUAUGACAGCAUUCUGGAGUUAUAUCCCUCACCUGAAAAACGCAAGAAGCACUGCAAAUUACCCAAGGCAGAGCAUAUGACAGGACUGAGGAGAUGCAUCAAAACCUUCAGCCAAAAUGUUAAUGAUCAGUGCUUCACCGUUUCAGACAGUCUUAACUUGUCUGUCCAUUGCCACACUGGAGAGAAUAAAACCAAAAUACCUGAGCAAAUAAAAAACUUCAAACCACUUGAAAAUAUAAAGCUGAGGCCUCCAGGAGACCUUCAUCUGGUUAACAUAACUGAAAACACCUCCAACCUGACAUGGAGCCUGAAUAUUUCCUCUCACUAUUUGAAAGGGACGCGGAAGUACCAAGUGCGGUACCGACACGUGAGUCAGUCCUGGGAGGAGGCUGUGAACUUGCCCAUUGAACAGGACCAGAUGUGGAUGAAUUUUGAGAGACUCUCACCUAACUCGAAAUAUGAGGCAGCUGUCCGUGCAAUGCCAAGAACCAGAAGAAACUACAAAGGCACGUGGAGUGACUGGAGCAAGCCGGUCCUGUGGAGAACACAUGCUGACCAUAAGGGAACAUCCCAGCCAGUCCUGCCAGUUCUGAUAGUGAGCACUUUCAUCUUUGUGAUCAUUGGGACUGCCUUCCUCAUUAACUUACGGACGCUGAAAUGGUUUAAGAAGAUCCUGAAGAUUCACAUCCCAGAUCCUGAGAAGUUUUUUCCCCCACUUGUUUCGGUUCACGGAGGUGACAUUCAGAAAUGGCUGUCCUCCCCAUUCUCCACAUCUUCCUGCUGUGUGAACAGCACAAUCCCAGAGAUCUCCAUGCUCGAGGUGAUGCAGAAGAAUGACCAGGAAUCCCGGUUUCUACUUUCCAAGGGAACCCAGUCUCCUGAUCCUCCCAUAGAAACCAGUGUGCACUCUGGAUCCAGCUGCUUCACCAACCAAGGCUACUUCUUCUUCCACCUUUCCAACUCCUUUGAGAUUGAGCCCUGUCAGGUCUACUUCACCUACGAGCCUUUCAGCCAGGAGGGCAGCGGCAGCAAGGAUGGUGACUGUUACCAGGCUCUCCCCUCUCCAGACCUCUGCACACUGGCAGAGGACAUGAAUGUGCUGCCCAACAACUUCUUUCACUCUAUAGAGGGAACCCAGAGCUCCCAAAAGGGCUCCUUGAUGGAAGAGACAGCAGGUGAAGCCCAGCAGGCCAUGGCUGUUCCUGGGGCUCUCCAGUCGAGUGGAGGCACUUCACCAACACUGGUUCUGGAACAGGAUGAGAAGGUGAUGGACAAAGCAGUUUCACAACCAGCUGAGGCCGUGUGCCAGCUGGACACCGACUUUCCUGACCCACUGGACCUGCAGGACAGCGAUACUGCCAGUGUAAUGGAGGGGAGUGGGAAGGGGGGGCCUCCAGCUGACCCCUGCACACCAGCAGCAAGUGCUGCCUCUUCCUUCUCCCAGCCUCCAUCUCCAGCACAAAGACAGGAUGAGGAGCCAUGCAAAACAGCCUUUUCCAGCCAGGACCCAAGCACGGGUGCCUACCUUUCUCUGAGGGACCUCCAAAGCCAGUACAGCCAUUGCUCUGUCCAGGAUCUGCCUGGAGGAGACCCACAGGUGGGAAAGGUCACCUCUGCAGGGAAGCCUAGAUAGAUGGACAGUUUCUCUCCUCAGGACACGAACAUAACUUCAGCAUCAAUCCCAUUGGGACUGCUCACUAAUGAGGCUGGAGAACACAGGCCAACAAAGACUUGCCUUCACAAGAAAAUCUGUUUUGCUGUUAAUACUGGCUCCGAUGGCAUAGAAACUCCUCACAUUUCUCAAGUGACACUCCUAACCUCACCUAUUCAUUUUUCCUUUCCCAGAUCCCAGUACGAGACUGUGCCAGCACGUCCAUGCUCUACAUUUUGGUAUAAAAUAGCAGUCAGCUUUGAGGCUGAGCGGGCAUAUGAUCAGUUUGUCUCAUACUGGCCUAAAAACCUCUAAUAGGACAGAGAAAUGCCCAAAGGUGUAGCUAUGAGAUUUCAUACAGGGGCCAGUAGCACUGCCAGUCAGUGCUGGGGGGGAUGAUGAAAUGGAUGAAGACAUCUCCUCCUGACUGACCAAGGGUGUGAUUUUUUCCUGAUGUCCUCAUUUUAAGCUUUAAUCAGAGAUUACAUUCUAAGCUACUUGAUCCAGCUUUAGACUUUAGAGUCUAGACUUUGGAGUCUCUAAGGUCAGCUCAGAGCCACAGCUGUAUCAGCUGUCUAAGCAGUGCAGUGUAAAAAAGAAAUCCCCUCUAUCGAGUUAAAAAUAAAGGGGAAAUCCCCUCCCUCUCUUUCUUCCCUCCAUCUCUGAUGGUGGCAGUAAAAAGAACUCACACAGUUUCCCAUUCUUGCUACAAUAUUUUUCAUGAAAUCGAAAGCCUUUCUGCCCUGCUGGCAAACUACAGUUAUUUGACUAUGAUAAGCUGAUUGCAGAAUAGUUCAUCCCACAUCCUGUAUAAGUGGAAAACAUCACAGCAGUGCUGCCCAUUCCUUCCACUGCUGAUGCUGAAGGGAAACCAUUGCCUAAUUAGCAGCAAAGAUGUGGUGAAUGAGCCCAGAAAACUAACCCACGAAUCAUCACCUUUUACUGAAAUGAAAACCUCAAUCCACUUGCAAAGAAUGGGGAUAGCACAGACUUCGUUUUUCUUCUUCCUCUACAUGCCCUGAUCUGGCUUAGAAAAAGCCACAGAAGAAAAGUGGUAAGGCAAAGGAAGAUCCCUGCAUUCACCAUUUGUACCACCUGUCCAUUUUCUUGCCGUAUUUCUGGUCUUUUCAGCAGUGGGAAAAUACCAGCCAUGUGCUAAGAGUUCUUCUCAUCUCUUAAAAACUCUUCUAAUUUAUACCAAUUAUAUAGAGAAUUUAUACCAAAAAGUUCAAGGAUAUUGAACUUGUUAAUGCUUCUGUCACAGCUGUGAGUGUCAACUAGAACUAAUUCUUUCCUAUCUCUGUCUGUCCAAGCAUUGAGAUUCCUGCUCCUACACUGUUAGCUGACAUUGCAGUAUGCAUCCUGAAUGUCAUUAUGAGUCCCAGAUGCAAGGUCCAACCCACUGGCUUGGAUUUCACCUGAAAAGGGCUGCUCAGAUGAGUAGAGCCCACUUGUUGCUGGGAGGCCUUCGGGAACUAUUCCUCUCCUCUCAUCAGUUCCUUCACCAUCUGUCUCACUGUUCCAUUGUACCAAGGAGAAAACUGGAGACACAGCUUCCCAGACAGGAAAGUCCAAGGCUUUCCCAGCUGUUUCCUGUACUUUGAGAGUCUUCUCAGACGGUCUUUGAAAAUCUUCCCAGAGACACUGACUCCCUUGCCUCUGAUGGGCAGUUUGCUAUCCUACAUGGGCCAAGGAUCCAAGCUGCACUGUCCCCAUGUAGACUUUCUUAAGAUUUUCUGUUUUCCUUUAUAGAAUCAUUAAGGGUGGAAAAGACCUUCAAGAUUAUCUAGUCCAAAUUUUGACUGAAUACUACCAUGCCCACUAAACUUUAAGUUGCAAAGUGCCACAACUACUUGUUUUCUGAACACUUCCAAAGAUGGUGACUCCACCAUUUUCCAGGAGAGCCUAUUCCAGUGUUUAACCACUCUUUCAGUGAAGAAAUUUUUCCUGAUAUCCAACUUGAAUUUCCCCUGGUGCAAUUUGAAGUAUUUUUCUCUUGAUCUAUCACUUGUUAUCUGGAAGAAGAGACUGACCUCUACCUUGCCACAACUUCCUUUCAGAGAGUUGAAAAAAGCAAUACGGUUACCCUUGAGCCUUCUUUUCUCCAGGCUAAACAGUCCCAACAAUCCCUCAGCUUGUGCUCCAUACCCUUCACCAUCUCUAUUGCCCCUCUCUGGACAUGCUCCAGCACCUCGAUGUCCUUCCUGUAUUGAGCAUCCUAAAACUAAGUACAGGAUUUGAGGUGUGGUCUCUGCACAGCGGGAUGAUCCCUUUCCUAGCACUGGUGGCCACACUAUUCCUGAUACAAGGCAGGAUGCCACUGGGCUUCUUGGCCACCUGGGCACACCUGGCUCAUGUUCAGCCACUGUCAACCAGCACCCCCAGGUCCUUUCCCACUGGGCAGCUUUUCAGCCACUCUUCCCCCAGUCUGCAGCACUGCAUGGUGCUGUUGCGACCCUGUUGCUACCAGGACUUGGCACCUUGUUGAACCUCAUGCAAUUGGCCUUGGCUCAUCAAUCCAGCUCCUCCAGACCCCUCUGCAGAGUCUGCCUACCCUGCAGCAGAUAGACACUUCUGCCCAGCUUGGUGUCAUCUGCAAACUGACUAAAGGGGAGCCCUUGAUCCCCUCAUCUAGAUUAUCAACGUGUAUUAAACAGAUCUGGCCCCUAUACUAAGCCUUGUGGAACACCAUUGGUGACUGGCUGCCAACUAGAUUUAACUCCAAUCACCACAACACUUUGGGUUUGGCCAUCCAGCCAGUGUUUCACCCAGCAAAGACUACAUACAUUCAUGCCAUGGGCUGCCAGUUUCUCCAGGACAAUGCUGUGGUAAGAUAGUGUAAAAGGUUUUACUAAAGAUUAGGUUGACAACCUAAUCAGAACCUUUCCCUCCUCCACUAAGUGAAGUUCACCCUGUCAUAGAAGGAGAGCAGGCUGGUCAAACAGGACAAGCCUUUCCUAAACGCAUGCUGGCUGGGCUUGAUCCCUUUGUUGUUCUGCACCUGCCAUGUGAUGGCACUCAAGGUGACCUGUGCCAUGAUCUUCUGUGGCACCAUGGUCAGACUGACAGGCUGGUAGCUCUCAGAUUCUCCUUCCAGCCCUUUUUGUAGAUGGGUGUCACACUGGCUGACCUCCAGUCACCUGGGACCGCUCUGGCUAGCCAGGACUGCUGAUAAAGAUGGAAAGUAGCUUGGGGAGCUCUUCUGCAGUUUUCUCAGUGCCCUUGGGUGGACACCAUCCAGCACAAAAAAUUUGAGAGUGUCUAAGUGGCACAUCUGGUCACUAACUACUUCCUCCUGGAUUCCAGGGGGCUUAUUCUGCUCCCUGUCUUUGUCUUGUAGCUCAGGGGGGUGGGUACCCUGGGGACAUCUGGUCUUUCUGUUAGAGAUUGAGGCAAAGAAGGCAUUAAGUAGCUCAGCCUCAUCCUUAAUGACAAUAUUCCCCUGCCAAGUCAAAUAAAGGAUGGAGCUUCUCCUUGACCCUCUUUUUGUUAUCAAUGUAUUUGUUAUUUUUGAUAACAGUAGUUAGAUUGAGUUCUAGCUGGACUUUCUCCUUUCUAAUUUUCUCUCUGUAUGACCAAACUAUACAUCCAUACUCUUACUGAGUACAUCUUGCUGCUAAGAUGAGUACAAAGCACCAAGUCUGCUUCUUUGUAAAUAAAAAAAAAUAUAUUAAGUAA